AUGUCAAACAAUCAGCAAGGUGCUCCUAUGAUGUACUACUAUGUGGCUAUGCCCCCGGGUGCGGGACAGGUCGGGCAAUAUCCGCAGAAUGGUGAUGCAUCAAUGCAAGGACAAAAUGCCGUGCCAGCGAUUUUUGGCGAUGCCUCGCAGAUGCAGGGCUUCAACAUGGGCAACCAGCAGUAUGGCUUUGUGCAAGGUCAAGAUGGCCAAGGCAUGGCUAUGCAGAUGGGACAAGCUCCGACCAUGAUGGCAAACGGAGCAAUGGGGAUGGGUGGUCAGCAGGUGAUGCUGGUUAUGAACAUGGCCCCUGGCCAACAAUCCAAUCAGAUGAUGGAUCAGAGCCAUGGCAAUGCCUGGAAUCCAUGUGGGCAGGAUUCGAGCGGCUCAGGCCAGAAUUCUGGUGUGAUGAUGCAGCAGCAGCAGCAGCAACAGCAGCAGUUUCAGCAUCAGCAGCAACCCCAGCAACAGCAGCCUCAGCAGCAGCAACAGCCCCAGCAGCAGCAGCAGCCGCAGCAGCAGCCCCAGCAGCAGCAGCAGCCGCAGCAGCAGCAGCAGGCGCCCCAGCAACAGACCCAGCAGCAACAACCACAACAACAGCAGCAAUUUCAGAUCCCGCAGCAGCAACACAAGCAGGGAUCUGCAGAAAACAAAGAGGCAACUGAAUCGCAAGCUGCGCAAAGUGCAGCAGCGAAGCCAGCACCUAAAAGGAAAGGGCUUCAAAACAAGAAGCUCGACAAAAAGGAGCAGAGCGGUUCAGCUCAGCCUGACUCGACAGCUUCAGCUUCGCAGCCAUCGGCGCCGUCAGCCAGAGAGGCACCUGAAGAAGAGCGGUCCGAGCGCACAGAGACCCAGAGUGCACGGGAAACCGCCAACCAGAUUUCUAGAUGGCAGCUGCCCGCAAUGGCAGCCCAAGCAGGUAGACCACUGAAUUCAGGGACUGCAUCCUCCAUCAAGGCCUUGAAUUUGGAGCCCAUGCGAGCAGCGGGCAACCCAACCACUUCAGGCAGGACAAAGCCGCCAAUCCGAAAAGAGAUUCUUCCACUCUCUGCAGAUGUGCCAGCACUAGCGGCACCAGAGGCACCCCAAGCUGCAGCUACACAGGCUCCAGCACAACCCAAGGCAACCCCAGCCCCGGCCCCGGCCCCGGCCCCAGCCCCUGCCCCCGCUGCAGCCUUGACCCCGAUCCCAGCUCAAGCACCUUCACCAUCACCACCAACAAAGAAGGGCUUCAAGCUGAAGAAUGCAGCUCUUACGAGAGCAAAGGCCACUGAAGCGGAAGGCCAGAACAAGGAAAAUAAAGAAAACAAAGAGAACAAGGAGGAGAAGGUCGAAAAGCCAAUUGAGGUCCCUUUGGCCGUGACCAACCUAGUGGAGGAGAGUGCCAGGCUGAACCUCAUGCCUGCGAACAAGGUCUUUGACCGCGAGCUCAUGCUGCGGAUUUGGAGGCUUCAACGUAGUGAAAAGCAUGCUUCGGUGUCUGGGCUUGGCACUGGGGAUCGCCCCGCCGAGCGCGGCGCCCCCGAACGACGUCCAGGGGGGGGGUCCAGGUCCACACCCAGCACGGAGAUCCGGAGGCCAACUCGGCCCCGAGAGCAGCCGUUGAAGCCAGGUGAGAAUGCAUAUCGCAUCAGCACAGGUGCCACCACCCGGAUGGAAGAUCUGGGAAGAAGAGUUCGUGCCUUGUUGAACAAGAUUUGCCCAGACAAUUUGAAGACCAUUGUGGAGACCUUAGCAAGUAUUGAGCUUCAAAAGGCGGAGGAGCUGGAGUUUGUCAUCAAAAUCAUUUUUGGAAAAGCAUUGGUUGAACCGCACUACUGCGAGACAUACGCAGACAUGGUCUUCGCACUGCGAACACGCUACCCAGAAUUCCCGGCUGAGAACGAAGGAGAGAAACCCCAUAGCUUCACCCGAGUGUUGCUCAACACUGUCCAGAAUGAGUUCGAGAGUUUGCCCACCACCUUCGAACCCUCCGACGAUGACAAGUCCAAGUUCCCGGUCCCGGAUGAUUUGAAUUUGGAGAUGAAGAAGAGGAAAGGAAAGAUGCUCGCCAACAUGAAGUUCAUCGGCAACUUGUUCCUGCGACAAUUGCUGGCUGUGAAAGUGAUUGGCCAGGUGGUGCAUGACCUUGUUGGCAUCAAAGAUGGCAAUACACUGCCAGAGGAGCACAUGAUUGAGUGCGUUUGUGAGCUUUUGCAAGCGAUUGGAUUCACGCUGGAUGAAACGCCACAGGGGGAGUCCCUGAUGAAUUCUUUUGCUGCCAGACUCAAAGACAUCUCAAACUUUCGGGUUGGUGGCAAACCCGCUUUCGGCAAGCGACACCUGGCCGCGAUUGAAUCUUUGCUCGACCUUCGCAAGAACAAGUGGCAGAAGAAGCUAUUCAAGGAGCAGGCAAAGACCAAGGCAGCGGUACGAGAUGAGUUUGAUCGUGAGGCUAGACAACAUGGCCGUACGAAUCCUGCAGACAGCAUGUUCUCUAUCCAGACCGUUGGUGUGAGACCAUCAUACAUUGAUGACAUUGCAAACCAGAAGAAGAGAACAAAGGCUGAUGCAGGGCCACAGAAGGUUAAGUUCGACCAAGCUUACGUCAAGAAGCUGUGCCAGUACUUUGGGGAAGACAAGGAUGGAGACUCCCUCCAGGCAGACUGGAACAAGGCUUCGCCGAAUGAUAAGGAAGCAAAGCAAGGAGUGGAAUGGCUAUUGGAAGCUGGAUUUAAUGAUUCUGAGAAGGCUGAUAUCGUGGCAUCAAGCCUUGCAGAGUUGAUGAAGCGACGCCUCGUGCCAUGGGACGUCCUAAAGGAGUGCUUCACGGUGUCUUUGGGCACUUUGCCAGAGUUGAAGUUGGAUGAACCGCAAUGUGACGUAAUGGUACAUUGUUUAGUCGCACGCUUGCUGAUGCUGGACAGUUUCAAGGAAGCCAUGCUGAAACCUAUUCAGAAUUUUGUCUCCCAAAAUGAGAACCGCGAUCUGGGUUGGAGUUUGCUGCAUGGCAUUAUCAAGAAGCUCAAAGUGGAGAAUCGCCAGGACAUCGUGAAGAAAGCACUGGCUAUGAGUGAGUUCACCAGCUGUGCGGCGACAGCGAAGGGAAUAACAGCUUCAGAAGCCAAGAAACACUUGGAUAGCUGA